AUGGCGGGGGUUUUGUCACUCCUCAGGCGCCUAUACCUCACGGUCUAUAACUGGACAGUCUUCUUUGGCUGGUCUCAGGUGUUGUUUCUUGCAGUGAAAACUUUGAAAGAUUCGGGCCAUGAACAUGUCUAUAAUGCUGUCGAGAAGCCCCUUCAGCUCGCUCAAACUGCUGCUGUUUUGGAAAUUCUUCACGGUCUAGUUGGAUUGGUGAGGUCUCCAAUAACAGCAACACUGCCCCAGAUAGGCUCAAGAUUGUAUCUAACAUGGGGCAUCUUAUAUAGUUUCCCCGAGAUUCGAUCUAACUUUCUUGUUACUUCUUUGGUCAUUAGCUGGUCAAUCACUGAGAUUAUUCGGUAUUCUUUCUUUGGCAUGAAGGAGGUACUUGGUUUUGCACCUUCGUGGCUCAUGUGGCUCAGGUAUAGCACCUUUUUGCUGUUGUACCCGACUGGUAUCAGCAGCGAGGUUGGUCUAGUAUAUUUUGCCUUGCCAUACAUGAAGGAAUCUGAGAAGUAUUGUAUAAGGAUGCCCAACAAAUGGAACUAUUCUUUUGACAACUUCUGUGCUGCAAUUCUUGUACUUGGAACUUACAUCCCAGGCAGUCCUCACAUGUACGGCUAUAUGCUUGGGCAGAGAAAGAAAGCUCUCUCAAAAUCGAAAAGGGAGUAG